UCCAAGUUCCGCUGUUCAUCAUCCUCGUCGGCUAGGCGCACGUAGUGCCGCGUUUCUCGUUUGGAUUGCGUCAACGACGCACGUUUUGGGUGCUCCGUUCCCGUGAUAUCUCCGUACGGCAAAUCCGUUCACCUUUACCGGCUCUACACAGCGUACCUGUUUGUGCUUUGCUAGUGACUGUACGUCGGAACUUCUGGUCCUUCACUGCGGAUUUGGGAUUUUAUGUGAUUUUUUUUUUGUGUUUUUUUUUGGAGCUUUUUUCAUCGGUUGGAUUUCUUUUAGACUGUUUGAAAGGAGAAGACGGAGUUUGAGCGACUCCAGUGAGCGACAGGUCGUGAUUUCGUUCUCGUGUGGAUUCAUAUGAUGGAGUAGAGUCGAGUUUCAGACAUGCCAGCCAAAAUGCAGAUGGAAUACGGCAGUUACAACAACAUUUCGCCCCUAAGCCAACGGAUAUCUUCCCUCUCCCUAUCUUCCAAAGAAAUAGACAGUCAACAUUAUGCUACAAACCACAGAUAUUCACACGAUCCUUACAGGGAAUUCAUCUACAAAAAUAACAAAGAAAGGAGAAGAUUGUCAUCAACCGGAGAGGGUAGUGGAGAUUCUUGUACAACCACCUCUGGCAGUAGCAGUUAUGGGGAAAAAGAAGAUGGAAGCGAGGGAAGAACAGAAAGCGAAGAAACUGACGAAAGGGAAGAAGAUAGGAAGCCUCUCGAAGGGCAUAUAACUCUAAUGGAGAGGCAGAAGGUUGAGUCUUUUUUCAAGGGAUUGAAAACUGAGGUGUACGUGAGUGAGUCCCUCGCCAAUCUCUACACAAAGAAACCCCUGGACGUCGACUGGCAGUUAAAAUACACAGGCAUUCCCGUCAUUAUCCUGGACAUCGGGGAAUCUCGAGCAAGAGACAAAAGGAAAAUCCAGAUAGCCCUGGCGGAGCGAGGGACAAGUUUUAUGCUCUGGAACGACACAAUCGACAACUUGUCCGAUUACAAAGUAUCAGCGAAGUCGUUCCACACCAUGUGUUACUCCCAGGACCAUUCCAUGCAAGUUGGAUUCAGCUUCGACACGGCUCCUGCAGCUCACAAUUUGUGGACGCAUAUCGAGACUUUGAUAGCGUGUCCGGAGAAUAUAUCGCUGUCGUUGCCAGGUAAAAAGAAGAAGAAGGAUAAAAAACGAAAACAAAAAGCUGAGCCGUUACCACCAAAAAGUCAUAUAUCCACACCUUGUUUCUUCAACCACAUAACGUCUGUUGACGUUGUUGAUGCAAGAAGAUAUUACUCUCUGAAGGAAUAUUUACCGAAUGGUACAGAACUCAACUCAAGAAUUCACGAAGUUGAAGAAAUUUGAAACAAUUUUUCUCCUUCCAUGUCAUCCAGUGAAUGGAAUACAAUGAAGGGAAAUAACGCAUUCGUUUGAACUACAUCUGUUUAUUUCAGAUAUAAAGGACUUAUUUCUACUUUAUUUUUAUAAUAAUUUCAUAUUUGUAGAAAUGUUUUAUUCUGAUAUUUUUAUGCCAUAAUUUUUUAUGGAAAUUCUUUUACCUUCAAGUGAGAGUGUACUGACUGAAAUAACUUAAGGUAUUAUUUUUUCUUCUCAUAAUAUAAUUGAGUAUGAAUAAAAAUGCUUUCUGUCUUCAUGAAUAUUGAUGUAUCAUGAAUCAUGUUUCAUUAUAGUUGCUUUAAACGGAGCAAUCCGAAUUGAAUAUCUAUUAUAUACUUAUCAAUUGUAAAGAAAAUAGAACUGAAGUGUUUUUUUAUUUUGAACCAUCUGUAGAAUAGAUUAUUCUGAAUUUCAAAAAUUUUUCCAGUGUCUAUAUUCAAAAUAUAAUUAUAAAUUAAGCUGUGAUAUUACAAUUCAAUAUCAAUUAUCGAAUCAUUAUUAAUGAAACUUCUAUGUUCUACUGUAAAUAUAAAUUACAUUUAUUAUCAUGAAUAUAUAUGUAGUGUUUGAAA